AUGAUAGAGAAAAUUGGAAUCCUAGUAGUGAAAAACAUUAAAUGUACUUUAAACCAUAAUGUAAUACACCAACGGCUUUCAUUUUUACACAAAAGAAGAGUUUGUUUAACAGUCCAAUAUGGGAAUAACGAAAAGUCUACCAAAUCUGCUCGACUAAAAGAUCAUGAUGGAAGAAAGGAAGCCAAUUAUACUGAAUCAAUCACCCUUCUUGUUACCGAAGCUGCCGGAGAAUUCAAGAUAACUUGUCACGAUGGAAAUGAUGUCGGACCUAUUUUGGGUAUUACUAGAGACACCCUCACGGACGUCCUUAAUGAAAAUGAGCCACCUGAUAAUGAUAUAGGCAAUGGCAGAAAAGUUCAACUGGGACUAUUUCGGAAUAAAGAAAAUGUUGGUGGGGUAACAUUAUACCUCAUGUUUCUCGCAAUGGAAGCGCCCAAAGAACGUAUGCGACAACUCGAAGCAUUACGUGGCCAGAUAAUUGGGAUAAUGAUAAUUGAUAAUAUCAAAGUGAAAAAUCUUAAUGGACACAAGGGUUGUUUACGGGUGAUUCUUGGGAAUGAAAAGGAAAGCACCGAAAAAUACUUCAAUACUACUGACACUGAAUGCCCACAUGGGAUCAUUCUCCCGGUUGUGGCUUCUCCCGAUUCCGAUUUUUCAAUGCUGCUGCAAAUAUACUACUCCAGAACUGAAUUUGGGGAUCAUCGGAUUAAUUUUUCCUCCCAACAUGAGGAUCUUUGGAUAAAACUCAUGAACAGUGGUCAGGUUUCCGUUCCGGAAAUCUCAUUUUACACUGGAAGUAAUUUAGCUGCCACGAGAAAGAAGAAUCUUUCCAAUCCAACAAACGAAAAACUUGAUUGGUAUGGGGAAUGUUUUAUGGUAUUAUUAGAUAACACUUUCUUUGAUAUAAAAAAUUAUCCACAUCGUAGUGAAGCAA